CCUACCUCUCCCAGCAAAUAUGUCAACACCACACAAAACCCAGCAAUGACAGAUAUCGACAUCGGCCUCGACUCCCACAACCGCAAUCGCAGCCACGACAAAGCCGACAAACACAACGAAGACAGCAGCAGCCACGACGGCCAUGACAAUCGCACGUCGAAAAGCUACAGCCCUCGGCACACCGGCCGUCUAAAGGCCCCUCCGCGUAUCGCUUUCCUCCUCCACCACGUCCGAAGCCAUCCCGAGGCCUAUCUGGUAGCGUUUUCCACGCUAUACUUUCGACUCUUCCCCAUAAUCUUCACGCACAAUUCCACACCGCUAAGCGUGUACCUCGCCGUCGUGCUGGUCUUUAUACCGGUCAAGGUGAUCCUGGCAGCAUGGCGGGCAUAUAAUUCCUCGUCCUACGCAUCCAAGGGGCGGAAGAGGAGGGGCAGCUUCUUGUUGCCGUCGAAUGGGCCUUCCACGACGGGCAGGGCUAAGAAGGGUGGAGGAGCGGCGCAAUCGCUGCUUUGGCUGUGCGGUGCGCUCUUCAGCAUAUGGGUUUAUACAACGGGCAUCUCGUCGCCAUUUCCCACGGCGGCGUCCAUCAUGGCCCAUUCCCCUACGUUACAAGAGCAGCAAGCACGCAAUUCGAGCUACUUCAUCGCCGCCUCCUUCUGGAACAACGAAGAUAUAUUAGACUCGUGGACCAAGCAGGCCCUCGAGCUCAUUGACUCUCUUGGCCGGCCAAACGUUUACGUUUCGCUGACUGAAAAUGACAGUGACGACAAUACGGCCAGCAAGCUGCUACACUUUGGCCGCGAGCUGACGAGGCGCAAUAUAACGCACAGCGUCAACAUAACGACAGACUUGCGCGGGUAUCCCCCGGAAAACCCCUGGCACAGCAUCAAGCACAGGAUGGGCUACAUGGCAAAUCUUCGCAACGGCGCCUUGGAGCCUCUGGAGCGGCUGAACAGGCGAUUCGCGAAUGUCAUAAUACUUAAUGACAUCGUGUUUCACCAUACAGAUGUCCUCAAGCUAAUUGCAGCAGUGGGAGGAGAUGAUGUCGGCGGCCCACAGGCCAAGUAUCCCAUGUCGCGUCAGAUGGCGAAACCAGGGAAAAGACGCAUGGCCUGCAGCAUCGACAUGGACGGCGCGACGGUGUAUGACACGUGGGUGCUCCGCGAUCGCUGCGGAAGGCCUGUUAGCGGCUUCUGGCCAUUUUUCACAUCAGAGGAGGACAAGAAGGCUGUGCGCGAGAAUCGCGUGUUGGAGGUUGGCACCUGUUGGAACGGGCUCGUGGUCCUCGACGGGGACAUGCUGCUCGACCCACCUCUCCGCAGCAAGAACGCAGAUUGGGAUGCGGCCACGCUGCGCUUCCAACAGCCGCCCGAGUGCAUCAUAUCCGAGUGCUCGCUGCUGCCGUUGGCCAUCACCAACGUCACAGGCGGCGCCCCGGUGGUCAUGGAUCCCUCCGUCAUAGUGGGCUAUAGCAUCGGGUGGUGGAGGUACUAUGCAGUCUGGAUGCGCAUGCCUGUCGUGCGGCUGUGGAUGAACAUAUUCGAGCAGGGAUACUGGAACCUCUGGUGGAAACUGGGGAUGGGCAAAGGCUUAAGAUGGGCCGGGCUGGAUAACGGCAAAGAGAAGAAUGAGUGCAUCAUCACUGGGUGGCCCAGGUGCGAGAGCGAGGAGCGCGAUUAUACCGUCAAGGGGGGGAUAAGACUUGGCAAGUGAGACAACACCAGUAGUAGUUGAGAUGAUCGACGGAGGGAAUAAGCUGUGAGACACAGCGAGACACUGACUCGGCUACUCGUGUAUUCUCAACAUGUCUCUUGCAGACUGAGACCGAGACCGUGACCAAGACCCUGCAGCCAGCCAUUUGGGCGGUGCAAGUGGUCCCUGUUGCUGUAAGUGGCCCAGUUACAACGGCCGCACACCGCAACACGUUAAUUUCGGUGCUGCCACCACAAGAGUUGGAUAGUGGAGUAUAUAUUAUACCUACGCAAGUACAAAGCAUUCUCAAUGGACAAACAUCUAGAACGUAUGAGGACGGCUAGCAGCAUCAACCAAGGCAUUGGGCCGAGGCAUUGACUACUACAUAGUAGUAAGCUGCCGCAAAGGUGCCAAAGCAGGGCGGUGUACUUGAUCAGGUUGUGUACCUUAGCUGCAGCAGCCCAAGUAAACAUUGAAGCUUACCAUUU